AAGUCAUCGAGCUGUAAAAUACUCGUAGUAGUGUUCGCGCCAGUUCAAAAGCGCGAAAGCGGCUCGCGCACGCGCACUCGUCCAACCGAGCUUGCGCGCCUUAGAAAAGUUUACGCGGGAAAACUGUUCAGAUAAAAAUUCGCGACAUGGCUUCCACAGCCAUGUGCGCGCGACUCCUGGCGCUUCUGGCUUUGGUGGUGGUCACAACAUCACUCACAUUGGACGAAGAAGCAACAACCAGCGUGAUGGCAGCAGCGGAAAAAGCCCGCAACGGUGGCCAGCUCGUCAUCUUGAUGCCAGGUCCUCGAAGCACCAUCAACACGCGAGAGGAACUGCUGCACGCGAAGGGAGCUGAAGAUGUCAACUUCUCGCUCUACUAUAAUGGGAAGAGUAACAAGGUAACCCUGGAGAGUCUCCACGGUGGUCACAUGAAGUCCGUAUCGUGGAGUCUGAGCGAACAUCCCCGAGGGACCCUGGCUCUACUGAUGACUCCUAGCAGGGUGAAACUCAUCGUGGGCUGCAAGCCUCGACACUGGCAUGUCAUGUCAGCCAAACAUGACUUGCUGGCAACACUGUCCAGUAAGAAAAUGAAACUGUUCCACGAAGAAAAUGUGCCAAUAGAAAUAUACACCAGCGAAAAGGCUGUUUUAGAUUCACAGAAUUGCAAUUAUCAUGAAAAUACGAUGAAACCUCCAGCUCUCACUACACUUGGAGAGAUAGACUUCGAAGAGGUUCGAGACUUCAUGGCGAAAGACGAGAGGCAAGAAGAACAAAUGCAAGGGGAUGAGUAUAGAGGAAACUAUAUCGAUCCUAAUGUGCUGCCUCAGCCGCCACCAAACAGAGGAGAUAUUCCUUCGAAUGCUAUUGAAUCUUGCGAUGACGAAGUUAUCCGUCAACUCACACUACUUCGUACAACGAUCGAGUCACUUCGUCGCGAGGUCGCAGACCAGAAGGGUACCAUCGACAGCCUUCGCAGCCAGCUGCGUCAGUGCUGCAAUAGAGUGCCCUCGCCACCACCCGUCGAGAGAUGCUCCUCAUCUUCCUGCUACCCUGGCGUGGAGUGCCGUAACACGGCGUCCGGUUUCGAGUGCGGCUCGUGUCCGCACGGCAUGGAGGGAGACGGUAGGAGGUGCAGACCCAUCGCCUGCAAUAGAAGACCAUGCUCACAAGGGGAAAGAUGCAUAGACACAGACAAGGGUUAUCGGUGUGAGAGAUGUCCAGGAAGGCAGACCAGUGAUGGCCAGACCUGUCGUUCCGCCUGCAGUUCCAACCCCUGCUUUGGUGGACGUGUUCAAUGUGAAGACCAGCCUGACGGAUCCUACCGGUGCGGAGCUUGUCCUGAAGGCUACCAUGGAAACGGAGAAAAAUGCCUCAGAAUAUCCUGUCGACAGAACACUUGCUUCCAAGGGGUAGAAUGCCGGGAGACAUCAUCUGGUCCCCGCUGUGGGACAUGUCCGUCCGGCUACAGUGGCAAUGGACAGCAAUGUCAGCAUGUCUGUGACACUCACAAGCCGUGUGGCCACAGACGUUGUGCUCCCAAGGCUACCAGUCCUUAUUACGACUGUGAGGCCUGUCCUAAAGGAUAUGAUUGGAAUGGAUUCACGUGUGUCGACAUCGACGAAUGCGAUCUGAUCCGUCCUUGUGACGAGGUGGUGUCCUGUCGGAACGAGGAAGGCGGGUUCACUUGCGGGCCAUGUCCUCCUGGGUACGAAGGUAGUUCUGGCUGGAGAGGAUCCGGACCUGAACGACGAAGGGAACAGUGCGUUGAUGUGGACGAAUGCGCUGAUGGAAGAGCCAACUGCCCUAGAGGAAGGCUUUGUGUUAAUACUCCUGGUUCGUACACCUGCGUGCCGUGCGGCGGCGGCUAUUACGUGAACACGACGCGGCGGUGCGACGGGCCCGGCGAGCUGCUGCAGCGCUGCGACCCCGCGCGCUGUCGCCGCUACAACGCCGUCUGCGAGUACGGAAACAAGUGUGUGUGUGCGACGGGCUGGGCAGGCAACGGUACUGUUUGCGGUCCCGACAAGGAUUUAGACGGUUACCCAGAUCACCAGUUACCUUGCUACGAACCUAACUGUAAGGCUGACAACUGUCCCGACGUGUCUAACUCAGGACAAGAAGACGCUGACAAUGAUACUAUUGGAGACUCUUGUGACCCUGACGCUGAUGGCGACGGCGUUGCUAAUCUACCGGACAACUGCCCGUUAACUCCGAACCCUGACCAACUGGACCGUGAUGAAGACCGCAGCGACAAGCGAGGUGAUGCUUGUGACAACUGCCCCAGGAGGUACAACCCUGGACAAGAGGACACCGAUAAAGACGGAAUCGGAGACGUCUGCGAUCCUGAUAUGGAUAAUGAUAAUAUACCAAACGAGAUGGACAACUGUCCCCGCAGCUACAACCCGGCACAGGAGGAUAUGGACAAUGACGGCGUCGGCGACGCUUGCGACAACUGUCCACGCAUCCGCAACCCCGCGCAGGAGGACGCAGACCGCGACGGCGUCGGCGACGCAUGCGACAGCGACGUCGAUAGGGAUCAGGACGGUAUCCAAGACAGCAUCGACAAUUGUCCAACAGUGCCCAACAGUGACCAGUUAGACGUCGACGAGGAUGGUUUAGGAGACGCGUGUGACGAUGACGAUGACGGAGACGGCGUACCUGAUGUUACUGACAACUGUCCCUAUAUGAAGAACAGGGAUCAGAAGGAUUCUAAUAAUGACGGCAUCGGUGACGUUUGUGAUAAUGACUACGACGGUGACAAUGUUAUCAACGAGCUCGACAACUGCCCCAACAACUCUAAGAUCUACCGUACUGACUUCAGAAACUACAUGACGGUCCGGCUAGACCCUGAGGGUGAAUCUCAACAGGACCCCAACUGGGAGAUAGCGAACCAAGGCGCCGAGAUCCUGCAGACCCUGAACUCCGACCCUGGCCUCGCUGUGGGCUUCGAAAGCUUCAGCGGAGUUGACUUCGAAGGAACGCUCUUUGUGGACACACAGAUAGAUGAUGAUUAUGUUGGUUUUAUAUUUGGGUACCAGAACAACAAGCGUUUCUACGUGGUGAUGUGGAAGAAGAACACACAGACGUACUGGCAGACCACGCCGUUCAGAUCGGUGGCUGAGCCGGGCAUACAGCUCAAGUUGGUCAACUCGAAGACUGGCCCGGGCAAGACGCUGAGGAAUGCCUUGUGGAACACUGAUACUACUCCUGAUCAGGUGACUCUUCUAUGGAAAGACCCUCGCAACGUCGGCUGGCGCGAGAAGACCGCCUACCGCUGGCGUCUACUUCACCGUCCCAAACUCGGUCUCAUCCGACUCAAGGUGUAUGAGAACAACCGUCUCGUGGCCGACUCGGGCAAUGUAUAUGACUUCACGCUCAAGGGAGGAAGACUUGGAGUGUUCUGCUUCUCGCAAGAGAUGAUUAUUUGGUCUAACCUUGUGUAUAGGUGUAAUGAUAAAAUUCCUUCGAACAUCGCAUCGGAGCUCUCAACAAGGAACAGCUAUGAAAUAGACCACGACUUCGUCUAUGUUUAGAUAAUAACAUUAACAUAAGUCUGUAACAUUUCCACUACUACUUAAUUCAUGGAAAACUAAGCGAAAACACCGAUGUUGUACUAAAUAAAAAGUAACAUUUUAAUAUCAGCCGCCUGGAUGUAAUUUGUCAAAGCUGUGACUCCGACAAUCAUUGUACUUGUUGUUCUAUUGUGUAAAGUUGUGUUCAAUGUGGAUUGUAUUACGAUAAAGUGUGAAUUGUUAAGUAUCAUUUUAGUUUUAAGAUUUAACAAUAAUGCAAUAAAGUUGACAUCUAUAAUUA